AAUCAAAAUAAUACGAAACUGCGACUAGGUGUCAGAAUGUGUAAACAAAAAUGGCGGAUGACGAUGAGGAUUUUGACCACAGAUCGGAGAAACAUGACCUGAUUAAUGGACUGAAGUCGAUCGUUGAAGGCCUGCUUGCAACACACACCAACAAUGUAUGGAAUACCUAUGGUGGAUUGUCACGCGUGUGUAAGCAGGUGGAGCUAAUCCUACACCAUGGUCUCAAAAGUACACAGGGGGAUUUUGGCAGUCAACUGGACUUUUGGCCAUUUGUUCAGGGAUUGAAAAGACUCAACCCUGUCCUCGCUCCAGCUGUAGAGAAAAUAAACCGACAGUCACAGAUCAAGCCGGAUGUAAGCAAGGGACAUAUUUGGGUCAAGGAGAGUCUGAGUGAACAUAACCUGUCCAGCUUGUUAAACACACUAGUCAGUCAUAGGAAACACCUGGAGAAAUACUACUAUGAUCAUGCCUUUCUGCGAUGUAGAGAUUACUACAGAUCUCUCAAUACCUGUCUUCAGGCAGUGGAACAGAACAAGGUAGCCUUACUAGCAGAACUGGACCUGGGCCUUUUAAACCAUGGCAGAACAUCAAGUGCUCCUGUGAUGAUGAGCAGUUCAGCACCUGUUCAUGACCCUGCCAGAAGAAGUUCAUACCACCAGGGGGCGCUGGCACUGGCUCCUCCUUUUACAUCACCCAAGAGAGAGAGUAUCCUGUGUAAAUCGGAUGAAUAUGCUCUACCAUCAAGCAUAGCAUCAACAGGUAGUCCCCAGGAAACUUCCACUCUAGCCAAAGAAGCCCUGCGAACAGUUCUGCGAAAGUCAGGCUCAGAAUCACCAACCCAUGACACACAUCUGUCUGAACCGACAAAUGGAGAGUUUAGUUUUUAUAACAGCCUAAACAGUGACCCUCUACGGAACAUGGACUUCAAUCAGGAUCAGUCAGAUCCUUUUGAUACAAGUGAAGACUCUAAAAAUGACAACACACAAAAUAAAGUUUUACUUCGAAGUCAAUCAGAAAUGAUAAUGGGAUUGACUAAAUCUGGUGUUGUUAAUGCAGGAAUCGAUAUAAGCACGACUGAGAAAAAGACACGGACGAAAUGUAAGCCUGAAGAUAUUUUCUCUGACUCGGAAAGCCAACCUCAAAAGAAAGCCUUAGAAGACCAGGACAAAUCCUCUCCGAGUAAAAAACUAGGUCAUAAGAGGUCUAGGUCAGAUUUUAGUGUGAAAAAUGUUGUUACUGAUUCUGUUGAUGGAAAAAUGCUGGAUUCUGACAAGGCACAAACACUGGGAGGUCGAGGCCACAGAAAUGAAAAUCGCCGGAGAUCUGCAGCACGAGAGGGCUACUUUCCCCAGCCUCAGCAGGGCCAGUCCUUGAUCAACUAUCUGUCCUCUCAGGACUUCCAUACCUGCGCUAACCUGGACAAGGAGAAUGCCCACUUUAGUAUCUCAGAGGCACUUAUUGCAGCCAUAGAACAGAUGAAGUGGAAUCAUAUCAUCAGCCCACAUACCCAUGAGGAAGAAGAGGGCGACUCCGAUGAGGAAAUCCAGGAACUCAAACAACGAAUCCGCAUACGUAAACGAGAGCGGUUAAAGGAGAAAGGACGUGGAUUCCCUGCCUUCAGUGACGGGAGAACAGACACAACAACAAGUCCGAGCUCUCCCUCUACUCUCAGUUCCUCUGUCGACUCGCCUCACAAUCCAGACAGCUCGGAGUCAAGUGAUUUGGAUGAAGGAAGAAUAGAAUUGACAAUGACAGAAGAUGUCAGUCAGAACCAGUCAAACUUAUCACUACUAUCAUCACAGGGCUUGUCUUUAUCUCUUGCCUCCCUGUACUCGGAUGCUGACAUACAGAAAAAUAAAUCUAGUCUAGAAAAACAAAGCUCUUUGGAUAGCGGGGUUGUGUCUCACUCAGCGGAGUCCGUCGCCAUUUCAUUACUGAAGAAGUUUACAGAAAAGCAGCUGCCAAAGGCAUCAGAUUUACAAUGGCUUGUACCUGAAUGUGAUGCUCCACAGAAGUUGCUUCCACUUCCGAAUUCCUACCCCAUAUCACCAGAUGAUGGAGAAAACGCAGAACUCCUUAAGUCAAAUUCAUUGAAGACAAGGCUGCGAGGCAAUUUGGAAUGGGCACCACCCCGGCCACAGAUAAUUUUCAACAUCCAUCCUGCUCCCAAAAGAAGUACCAUCAUGGCCAAACAGAGUUACAUGUGUGCUGGAUGUGGCACACGAGUAGAACAAGGAUAUAUAAGAAGAUUCCGUUAUUGUGAAUAUCUUGGGAAGUACUUUUGUCAGUGUUGUCAUAGUAACAGUUUAUCAUACAUACCAGGAAGGAUAUUAAGAAGAUGGGAUUUCAAAAAAUAUUAUGUGUCUAACUUUUCGCGGGAUCUGAUUUCACGAAUUAUUGGUGAUCCAUUAUUUAAUCUGACAGAUAUAAAUUCUAAUUUGUAUCGGCGAGUCCGAGCUUUGGACAAUAUUAAAGAUCUCAGGACCCAGUUGGUACAUCUGAAAAGAUUUCUUAAGAUUUGUAAAAGGGCUUCCAGUGUGCUUAGUGAUGUAGAACAGCUCCAAGGUCAUUGGACUGAUGAUAUACACCUGUACUCCAUAUCUGACCUUGUCCAGGUGAAAUCUGGUGAGAUGUUAACACAGCUGAGAAAUAUUGUAAAUAUCUCGAUGGUCCACGUCCAGGACUGUUCUUUUUGCCAAGGCCUUGGAUUUUUCUGCGAGAUGUGCCAUGAUAAAGAAGUGAUAUUUCCUUUUGAGCUACAAAAAGUCACAAUAUGUCCAGGUUGUCGGGCAUGCUUCCACAAGUCAUGUUUUGUCCCUGACAAAUGUCCAAAAUGUGCAAGAAUAGAAGCAAGACGACUGAGACUGGCUAGAGAGGUUUCUACAGAUGUAGAAGAGAUGGAUGAACAGAAUGAAAUUGAUGAUGGAUGAUACUAUUAAGUUUGUUAAUGUGGUUUUUUUAUAAGAAAUCGGUGAUGUUAACUGUGAUAUUAUAUUGAGAAUGAAGUUCCUGAUCAUCUAGAUAUCAGAUAUACAUGUAUUGAGGGAUGUAGAUAGUUUUGUGUAGAUUAAGUUUGUUUUUCACCCUAUUUAUCACUUUACCAGAUACCAUAUCAUGUGACAGUGACAAAUUGUAAUCAGAGAAUUUUUUUACAUGUUGUUUAUUUAUGUUUAUUUGUCCUUUAUGCAGCUAGCAUUCAAAAGGCAUAGAAUUGUAUAAUGGUAUCAGUGUGUUUUAUCUGGCCAUAAACUGUUCUGUUGGAAAUCUUUGUUUCCAGAUGUAGAUUUUUU